UGUUAGAUCUGAGAGAGAAAAUUAAGAGCAAUGGCUGAAAAUGCAGUGACCCUUAUAGCUCUUCUAGCUGAAAAAUUGUUGAAGUUAGUGAAAGAUGAAGGAAGAAUUUUAAGAGGGGUUCACAGUGAUGUUAAACACAUCGAGAAUCUCCUAAACCAAAUCAAACCUUUGACGAAGGAUGCAGUGGAGAAGGUGCUGAAUGAAGGAGUGAAACAUUGGAUGAAUGAUUUGAGGAACGUGGUGUUUCGCAUGGAGGAUGUUGUUGAUCUCUACUUGUUCAAAGUGGCAAAACGUGAUGGAGUUCGUUUUGGAAUGACCAAGCUCAAAGGGAAGAUCAGAAGUGUAAAACAUCGUCAUCGUAUAUCAUCUGAGAUUGGAGAUAUCAAGCAAACCCUAUCUAAUAUAUUCAUUCUCAGCACAAGUCUAGGACUCCAACCAUUUCAUGGACAGACUCUUCCCGAUGAAAUUCCAAGGUUAGGAGCUCAUUUAGUUGAGGAAUCUCAACUUGUUAGUAUUGAACAUAACAUGCAAAACCUCACAGCUUGGCUGAGACAAAAUAAUAGUCCAGUGUUGGUGGUGGUAGGCCCACCGGGGAUAGGUAAAACUACAAUAGUGAAGAAUGUGUAUAACAAGCAAACGAAAUUGAACCAGCAGAAGAAGAAACACAAGAAGGAUUUCGACUUUUUUGUAUGGAUAACCAUGCCUCGAACUCAAGCUGAUUCUUUGUACCCAAUAAGGCAAAUUAAAGAAAACAUACUUUUGGCAGAUCCUCAUGGAUCAACUUCAUUGAGGAAUGCAACAAUGGAGGAUCUUGCACAAAGAUUGAGAGAAUACCUCACAGGUAAGACAUGUCUCAUUGUGUUAGAUGAUGUGAGGGAGCUAAAAAUUUGGAACGUUAUCAAAUUUGCCAUACCUCAACAUAGGGUUAUUAUCACUACACAAAGUGCUAAUUUUCCGAAUAAUAUUGGAACUGAUACAACUGUUGAAGAAUUCAGGUUAGGACCUUUGUCUUUAGAACAUGCUUUGAUGCUCUUUCACCAGAAGGUUAAGCAUGUGAAAUUCCCCGAGUUGAGUGAUUUGUCAAAAAAAUUCAUGGAAAAAUGCAAUGGGGUGCCACUGGCCAUUGUGGCCAUUUCUAGUCUCCUUUCCACGAAGAAAUCUGCCAUUGAAUGGAAAAGGGUACUUGAAAAUCUUGGAUCAUUAUUGAAAAGUAACCCUCAUCUUGAAAUGGUUCAACAUGUAAAGUUGCAAAGUUACCAAGAACUUCCUUUUCGCCUCAAACAAUGCUUCUUAUACUUUGGCCUUUUCCCUCAGGGCUAUUCUAUUAGUUGCAAGAGGCUCAUUCGCUUGUGGAUAGCAGAGGAUUUUGUAGAAGGAGAUACCCAGAACCAGAACACAUCAAUGGAGGAAUUUGGAGAUGAAUACCUGGCUGAACUAAUCUGCAGAGGUUUGGUUCAUGGUUCAAGACUUGAUUUUGAUGGAAGACCAAGAAGUUGUCACGUGUAUAACCUCAUGCACGAGACCAUAGCUAGGAUUUGUGAAGAUCAGAUGUUUUGUCAUGUGAUGGAAGAUGCAAGCACACCAGUGAACUCCAACAUGGAUUUCAUUCUUAGGCGUUUAUCAGUUAUAAGGAAGAAUGGUUCUGCUACCAUGGAAAGAGACCAUAAGUGGGGAAAAGUGAGGUCUUGUUUUGUUUUCGAUGAUGCUAAGAAGUUUCAGGUGAACAACCAUUUUUUCUCUAGUUUUGAGUUUUUGAUUCGAUUAGACUUGUCUGAUGCAUGUCUAUCUGUUGAUGUUCUUCCUGAACAAGUUGGAAAUCUAUUCAACUUGAAAUACUUGAGCCUAAGGAACACCAACAUAAAGUCACUUCCGAAGUCCAUUGGAAACCUAGAGAAUCUGCAGACUCUAGACCUAAAACAAACUAAAGUGCAUGAAGUGAAGAUCAAUAAGCUUGUCAAGUUACGCCAUCUCCUAGCUUACUAUGUCAGUGAUCAAAGUUCAGAAUUGUACUGUUUAGAAGGACUAAGGUUAAGUGAAGGAGUUCAAAAUCUAGAAUCAUUGCAGAAUCUAUCAUAUUUAGAUGUAAGUGGUGGUAGCAUAAUAACGGGACUGCAAAAACUAACCAAGUUAAGGAAGUUGGGAAUUAUAAAGCUAGAAGCACAACAUGGUGAAGCACUGUGCAAUUCUAUAGAGCACAUGAUGAAUCUAUGUUCUCUGAGCAUUGGGGCUUUGGGAAAAGAAGGCAUGCUAAAGUUAGAAUCUUUAAGGUAUCCUCCACUGUCCCUUAAACGCCUUUACCUAUAUGGGCGUUUAGGAACACUUCCAACAUGGAUAUCAAAUCUUCCAAAUCUUAUCAGAUUGUACUUGAAGUGGUCUGAUCUAAAGCAAGAUCCAUUAGAUUACCUUAAGGAGCUGCCACAGUUGUUGCACCUUGAGUUGUAUGAUGCAUAUAAAGGUGAAAAGUUGCAUUUCAGAAAUGGAUGGUUGAAACUGAAGGUUUUGUACUUAGGAUUGUUGCCAAAGUUGAAGAGCAUAGAGAUUGGUAAGGGAAAAGUUCCUUGUCUUGAAGUAUUGAAGAUAGGGAGAUGCCAUCAAAUGAUAAGGCUCCCCAGAGAUAUACAAAACUUGAAGCAUCUUGAAAAGCUUUAUCUUUAUGAUAUGCAUGAACAGUUUGUAGAAAGAUUAUGUGAUGAGCGAAGUGAAGACUAUUGGAUUAUUAACAAAAUACCUCUCGUGGAAUACUCCAACAACGACCAUUUUGCCUUUUUUUCAUGAUAUUAAUUCUUGAAGAUAGGUCUACUGGUAUCUGGUAAAUCUUGAAGCACAAUAAUGUAAUCGUUGUUAUAUAUAUGUUUUUAUUGUUUGAAUUGUCACCAUUUAUGUACUUUAAUUUUGAAAUGGAACUGGGAUAUUAAACCAAUUAAAUCAUAAGAACUCUUCAUGUGGCUUAGGUUGCAAUAAAUUCACUUUGUAUUCAUUAUUUAAUUUAA